AUGUUUGACAGUGUUGCCGAACCGUUAUACACUCGCAUGCUUGCCCGUACGAGUCACCAAAAAAGGACAACCGUUGAAAUCCUUAGAGUUACUGAAGAAAACAUCAACGGAGGUGUUCACAGAGCAGCGCCUAAGAAGGCGAAGAAGAAAAAGGCGGAGUCCAGAAAAAAGAAGAGAGCGAAGCAAAAGGCAGGAGUGAGAAAAGCACUGGAGGAUUACCUGGCCAGUCAAAUGACGACGACCACAGAAGAGACAGACAAGAUGUCAGAAAUGCUGUCCGAAAGACCAACUAACUUGAGUGGCACCUUUAUGAGUGGGACCUCGUCCACAUCGUCAACCCAGGCUAAGAAAAGAAAAAAGGGUAGAAGGAAGUGA